AUGAAGCUUGUGAAGGGUGGGGUCAAUAUGAUAGAGCCUCGAGGCAAUGACUACAUCCUACCACCACCCGGCUUCAUCAGAGAAGAAGGGAUUCGAGAUGAGCAAGCUCUUCGCCAAGUAGAGUUGAAUGAGCCGCUGGAGUUAGAAAUUGAUUGUUUAGCAAAAUUCACCAACAAAAACACCAUAAAUUCAAUUAAGCUUCCAUCUCGCGUAGAAAUUCACAAACAAAUUUACAAACUCCAUGUUGCGGGCUUCCAUCUUGUUUUGCUUCAAUCCAGCAUCGGUAUUUUAUUCGGCGAUAUAUUCAGAGAGUCUGUAUGCCCUGUUUUCUAUUGGAGGGAUAUACCACCUGGUAACAGACGCUACAUCGAGCUUAUGAUGCUGUAUUUGUCAAAAAACAUGCUUAUUUGGAGGUACAGGUCCUUAUUUCUGGUGCUUUGCGCUGCAUAUAUAUUUUCACUCCAUUUAUUGCGUUUCAAGCAUAUGGAUACUACAAUUUAUGUCUAGGACAUUCCUUAGAUGAAAUGAGGCCCUGGUGCAAAGCAAGACUACCUCUUCUGUACAACUAUAUUCACAGUCAUUAUUGGUAUGCUCAUCUUUUUUUCUAGUGUUAAUGGGUUUUCACCUUGCUAAUCGCCUCAUCGCUUUUUAUGCAGCUGUAACGCUCGAAACUCUUUAUAUCAUGCAG